GGUAUUUCUUUGACAAUCCUGAGACUGUGGAACUACGACUUGAACCUGGCAUAUGCUCAAAGAAUGAAGAGGUUGAUAAUAACUGUGUAGUAAGAGCUAGAGGUCUUCCUUGGCAGUCCUCAGACCAGGACAUAGCCAAAUUUUUCAGAGGCUUGAAUGUUGCAAAGGGUGGUGUAGCUCUCUGUUUAAGUCCUCAAGGACGCCGCAACGGCGAAGCUUUGGUUCGUUUUGUAAAUCAAGAACACAGAGACAUGGCGUUAGGACGACACAAGCACCAUCUUGGUAACCGUUAUAUAGAAAUUUAUAAAGCAAAUGGAUCUGAAUUUGUUGCGGUUGCUGGUGGCAACAACUCGGAGGCCGAGGCUUUCCUGUCAAGGGGAGCUCAGGUCAUUAUUCGAAUGAGAGGUUUACCGUAUGAAUGCACUGCCAAACAAGUGCUCGAGUUCUUUGAAUCAGGAGAAAAUUCAUGUCAAGUUAUGGAUGGUGAGGACGGAGUUUUGUUUGUGAAAAAGCCUGAUAAAAGAGCUACUGGAGAUGCUUUUGUCCUGUUUGCACAUGAAGAUGAUGCAUCAAAGGCUAUAAGUAAACACAGAGAGCUCAUAGGUUCUAGGUAUAUAGAACUUUUCAGGAGCACAACUGCAGAAGUACAACAGGUUUUGAACAGGUCAAUGGAUCCCAAAACCUAUGAAUCAGUAUCAGCACCUUCACUUCCUCUGCCAAUGCUUCCUCAACAGUUUGUCACAACUGGAACAAGGAAGGACUGUAUAAGACUUCGUGGAUUGCCAUAUGAAGCCCAAGUUGAAAACAUUUUAGAAUUCUUAGGUGACCAUGCAAAAUCAAUUGUAUAUCAAGGUGUUCACAUGGUGUUCAAUGCACAGGGUCAGCCAUCAGGUGAAGCUUUCAUUCAGAUGGACUCGGAGAUGAGCGCGGCCGUCGCGGCCCAGCAGAAGCACCACCGCUACAUGAUCUUCGGCAAGAAGCAACGGUACAUUGAAGUGUUCCAGUGCUCUGGCGAGGACAUGCACUUGGUGAUUGCCGGUGGCAUCCCCACGGGCGGACCCGUGUCGCCAGCCAAGGCGGCGGCCACCACCCUGCUGUCUCCCGGUACGUUGGCAUUCCCUCCGCCCGGUCCUCCCGGUCCUCCCCCCGCACACCCCGGUACCGGUGUCUUGGGCCACCCUCCCUCCCUGCAGCUUCCCCCCAACUCUGUCUUGGCAUGGGAUCAGGCUCUCUUCCCGGGCGUGGCGAGCGCGCAGCAGCACAUGUUGGCCCAGGCGCAGAUGCAGCAGGCGCUGCGGCAGCAGCAGGCGCAGCAGGAGAACCUGUGGCUCGUGAAUCAGCUGGCAGUGGUGCAGGCGCAACAGCAGCAACAGCAGCAGCUAGCGGCCGCCCUGGCCGCGGGCUCCAAGGCGGGGGUGGGCCACCAGGUGUGGGACAGCUCACAGCGCGCGCUCAUUCCCAUCUCGUCGUCGGCCUCGCAGGCCUCGACGGGGGCGGCAGGCUCGGCAUCCUUCUCGCUCGCCAACUCGAACAGUGUCCCUCAGUGCGUGUCGAGCAAGGGCGGCAUGGGGGUCUCGGCGGUGCCCAUGUCGUACUACCCCGGGGCGGGCGGCGGUGCCCACGCGGCGCACGCGGCCCAGUCCGUGUACUUGUUCAACGCGUCGCAGGCGUCGGCCUCGCGGAUGCCCCAGUACCACCCCAAGGUGCCUCCGCCCUCCGUGAAUGCCAACGCCUCUUCCAAUGCCCAAAACUCUAUGUCGCCCGCCGGGUCGGGGGGCCUCAUGGGGAUGAAGCGGUCAUGGGAGUCGGCCUUUCCCACCGAUUCCGGCCAGUUGCCGUUAAAAAGGCAGUGGCCAGCUCAAACUCCCCAGGCUUCAGCUGCAUUAUCAUAUUUGCAAUCCUCCCUUCCUCCAUACCAACCCCAGUUCUACCCCACCAUGUAGAUUCCCCGGGCUCCUCCCUGAAUCUUCUGCCUAGCGUACUUAAAAUUUUGCUCAGGAAAUGCUUGAGGUGGAAAGGUAGUCUUAUUUCAUACUGUCACCUUGAGUUGUUAUGUAAUGAAUGGUGAGCUGGUUAUUGUUUCACUCAAUCUUCUUUGUACAAUAUCUUGAAUACUGUGAUAAGUUUAAUCUUUAGGCUCUCAUCAAGUUAAACUUGAUUAAACAGAUUUUUUAUUCUUUUGAUUUCUUCCUCACUUUCUUUGAGUGGAUUAGAUUUUGAGAGCUAAGACUUUGUUACUUGUUAAUAAUGGAGGAACAAUAAACUCCAGUUGUGCUCAGAGCAGCUGUUUCACUGCUGCGAUAAAUGAAUAAUAUUUGCAGGAGUGAUAAAAAUGUACUUAUGCCUUGUACUUACGUCACCUUAAAUAUUAUAAUUAUACAUUCCAGAUGCUUUUUACUUUGAAAGUUGUGCUUUCUACCAAGUUAAAUAUUAAAUGACACAGUUUUCAGUGUU